AUGGGAGGAACAAAAUGCACAGAAACCACACGUGAGGAAGAAGACUUUGAACAGCUGAAGAAACUGAAGAACAGAUUCACUUAUAUUGCAAGAAGCUGUAAAGAGAUCAAGGACCGAUAUGGCGAAUAUGAAGAUGGGGAGUACUACCUCACCACAGCUAACGGCAUGCUGUACCAGACUUACUGUGAUAUGACUACUGCGGGAGGCGGAUGGACGCUGGUGGCGAGCGUCCAUGAGAACAGUAUUUAUGGAAGGUGCACAGCCGGCGAUCGCUGGUCCAGCCAGCAGGGCAACAAUGCUGACCUGCCGGAUGGAGAUGGAAACUGGUCCAACAGAAACACCUUUGGAGCAGUAGAGAGCGCCACUUCUGAUGACUUUAAGAAUCCAGGUUACUAUGAUAUAACAGCUGAGGACAUGUCUGUGUGGCACAUUCCCAACAAUUUGCCGCUGGAGCACUGGAACCAAGCAGCCGCAGCCAUCCUCCGCUACCACACUGAAAACCAGUUCCUCACAUUGUAUGGAGGGAACCUCUUUCAGCUGUUCAAGCAAUAUCCGGUGAGAUACAAAGUUGGAACGUGCAGUGACAGAGGGCCAGCUAUUCCCAUUGUGUAUGACCACGGAGACGCAGAGUCCACCAAAAAGUUGUAUGGACCCAAUCCAAGAAGGGAGUUUGAACCAGGCUUCAUCACUUUCAGAGCAAUAAACUGGGAAUCUGCGGCCAUGGCUAUCUGCUCUGGUGUCAAACCAACUGUCGGUUGCAACACUGAACAUUAUUGUAUAGGAGGAGGAGGAUAUUUCAACCCUGAGGAGCAGUGUGGGGACUUCCCAUCAUUUGACUACGACAGACUGGGCAAAGAGCAAGGCUGGAGCGCCUCCAAAGAGAUGACCGAGGCUGCUGUCUUACUGUUUUACCGCUGAGUGGGUUUGCGUAGCCUCGACUAUAGUCAG